GGCGGCCGUGGGAGCGGGCACCAUGAAGUCCGCGCUGUGCAGCCGCUUCUUCAUCCUCCUGCCCUGGAUCCUAAUCGUCAUCCUCAUGCUCGACGUGGACACGCGCAGGCCCGCGCCCCCACUCACCCCGCGCCCCUACUUCUCGCCCUACGCGGUGGGCCGCGGGGGCGCCCGGAUCCCGCCGCGCAGGAGCGGCCGCGCCCCCGGCCUCGGGCGCGGCUGGGAGAGGCGCAACGCGUCGCGGCGGCCGGAGCCGCCUCUGCCCACCAUCUAUGCCAUCACGCCCACCUACAGCCGCCCGGUGCAGAAGGCCGAGCUCACCCGCCUGGCCAAUACGUUCCGCCAGGUGGCGCAGCUGCACUGGAUCCUGGUGGAGGACGCGGCGGCGCGCAGCGAGCUGGUGAGCCGGUUCCUGGCGCGGGCCGGGCUGCCCUGCACGCACCUGCACGUGCCCACGCCGCGGCGCUACAAGCGGCCCGGGCUGCCGCGCGCCACCGAGCAGCGCAACGCCGGCCUCGCGUGGCUGCGCCAGAGGCACCAGCGCCGGCGCCCGCAGCCCGGCGUGCUCUUCUUCGCCGACGACGACAACACCUACAGUCUGGAGCUCUUCCAGGAGAUGCGAACUACACGCAAGGUCUCUGUCUGGCCGGUGGGCCUGGUCGGCGGGCGACGCUAUGAACGUCCAUUGGUGGAAAAUGGCAAAGUCGUUGGCUGGUACACCGGCUGGAGGGCAGACAGGCCUUUCGCCAUCGACAUGGCAGGGUUUGCCGUCAGCCUUCAAGUCAUCUUGUCCAAUCCAAAAGCUGUGUUUAAGCGCCGUGGAUCCCAGCCCGGGAUGCAGGAGUCGGACUUCCUCAAACAGAUCACAACGGUGGAGGAGCUGGAGCCCAAGGCCGGCAACUGCACCAAGGUCCUCGUGUGGCACACUCGGACAGAGAAGGUCAACCUGGCCAACGAACCCAAGUACCACCUGGACACAGUGAGAAUCGAGGUAUAAAACAGAAGCAGCACUGGGGCGCCUGCCCGGUGGGCGGUCACCCCAGCACAGGG